AUGCAUGCAGGCUACGUCGUGGUGGACGAGGCGAACCACACCAUGUUCGCGGUGGACCCGGCCGAGCCCAGCAAGAUCUUGCCCGUGUUGAAGGAGGAGGAGACCACUCGGAAGCGCGAGUUCCUCGGCGUCUUGACCACGCACAAGCACGCUGACCACGCCGGCGGCAACGAAGAGAUAGCCGAAAAGUAUCCGGGCAUCAUGAUCGCCGGGCCGGAGAACGAGCUGAUCCCAGCGCGGAACCGCCCUGUGAACGGUGGGGAGAAGUUCAAAAUCGGCGCGGCGAACGUCAAAGUGCUGAACGUGUCGUGCCACACGAAAGCGCACGUGGCGUACGUCGUCACGGGAGACGCGGACACCCCGCCGCUGCUGUUCCCUGGCGACACGCUCUUUGUUGGAGGCUGCGGACGCUUCUUUGAAGGAACCGCCGAGGACAUGUACCGAGCGCUGUACGAGGUUAUCCUCACGCUGCCGAAGGACACGAAGGUUUACUGCGGCCACGAGUACACCAUGUCGAACCUGCGUUUCGCGCUGAGCGUGGACCCGUCCAACCAGGCCUUGCACGAGAAAAUCGCGGCCGUUCGUAUCCGCCGAGCGAAGAACCUGCCCAGUGUGCCGUCGUCGCUGCGCGAAGAGAUGCUGUACAACCCGUUCCUGCGCGUGCACAACGAGACCAUUCGCAACGCUGUCGGCGGCACAGAUCCCAUUAGCGUCCUUGAGAACCUUCGUCGGCGCAAGGAUUCCUUUGAGUAA